AUGUUGUUUCUUGCAGUUGUUCAAUGUCCAAAAAAAAUUUGUUUUCAAUAUUUGAAAAUAUUACACUUGAACAAAAAGUAUUUCAAUACACGUCAUGAUAGAUGUUACUGCUCAAAAUGUUAUGGACCUUCAAAACCGAAAGGCUAUCCAGUAGGCAAGCCUAAAUUUACAGUGCCCAUAGGUUGGGUAUCGUUUGGAAUUCAAGUAGACAAAGCAUUUGUUUCCAAUAAUCAAAUAUUUAAAAAAUGGUAUACAACAUUCUAUGGGACAUCAAAAGAUAAACUUGACGAUAUCAUUCACAAUCGGUUCAUACCAUUUCCUGGUGAUGAUCUUCUAUCGGGUAAAAAGUUUGUUCUUAAUCUAUCAGAUCAACAUCAUAUUUAUACAUCGCCUUCAAUAAAUUAUGCUUCUCUUGAUCAUGCAGUAACUGUUGUGACAAUUCAACCAAGUCAACAUAAUAAUUCUAAAACAAUCGAUCCAUUAGCUAAAAUUCGUCCAAUAAUAUCAAAGAAACCACAUCUAGUACAAUCUCUUGUGCCUUCUAAAACAAUUCAAAUUUCAUCUGGAUUUAAAAUUCCUAAUACACGAAUUCAAUCAACUGAUAAUGAUACAUCAUAUUUACCUUUGGUAACAAUUAGUGACAAUGAACAUUCUGAUGAAGAUGAUUUUGUUUUGCCAGUACAAAAAUUAACAAAAGAAGAAUUACGUGAAGAAUUAAAAGUAUUUCAAUCAACUAAUUCUAUUAGUCAUGCUUUACUUGCUAAUGACAAUGAUGAUAAUGAUAUAGAUGAAUUACAAUUCCGUACACAACAACCAUUUAAUCGUUCUGUUUGUUGUUAUCAAUAUCCAUUUUCAUUUAAAAAUAGUUCAUGUAUAAUUUUAUAA